AUGGCAGCGAAGGAGCCUGAGACACACCUGCCCUUCCAGCCAGACUCCCCUUCCUCCUUUCCUUCCCCUCCGAAAGCCGCUUUCUGGUGCAGAAUGGAGGGCCGGUUCUCUGGGCUGGUGAGUAACACGGGCUUUGUUAAGAGGGUGGUUACGGGAGGAGGAAUUAGCUCCCAGGUUGGUCUGCGAGAGGCCCCCCCCCCAGGAAGACGAGCGUUCCUUCUCAGGCUCUACUCAGUUGGGGGGACCAGAUAGCUCGCCCAGUCCAGCCCAGCCUGCCUACUCCUCAGCGUGAGUCACGAGGCUGUGGGUCAAUUGCUGCGGUCAAAGUCAGGGGGUCAGGAUGCCCUCAACCUCAUCCACCUCCCCCCCUGGUAGGAAGGUGUGCUGUCUCAUCUGCAGGCCUGCCCUCCCCCCACAUUAUUUUGGUUUGGACCAGGCAUAGGCAAAGUCUGGCCCUCCAGAUGUUUGGGACUACAAUUCCCAUCAUCCCUGACCACUGGUCCUGUUAGCUAGGGAUGAUGGGAAUUGUAGUCCCAAACAUCUGGAGGACCAGAGUUUGCCUGGUUUGGACCCAAGUGAGCUCUGGCUGGCAGUUCCUCAGGGCUUCCUUUUCAAUUUCUAGAAGGUUCUAGAAGUCCUGAUAUAAGAUGGUGCUAACCACAUCUGUCCGAACUUCUCUCCUCCUCACACCCUCCCUGAUCUUUGGCCUCAUAAUGUUAAAGCGUCAAACAAAAAUGAUCAUUCCAAAAUCAAAGUUGAGCUCUCUUUUUCUGUGUGUGUGUGAGAGAGAGAGAAGCUAGCCAGCAAUAAAUGACACAGAGUCCAUGAAGUUAACUCUUUAUUAGCAGAAACCACGCCAGCUCAGAGGAGACAGGCAUAACUCUUCUCAGUAGGUCUUGCUGUCCCUAUGAGGCAGUUGCAAAUGCUGAAGACCUCCGCCUUCCCAUAGCUAACUAAGUAUCCUCCUCUCCUGGGUCCUUCCCAAGCAAUCUGAGCUCCUCCCUCUUCAUAACUUCUGGUCCUGGGAGACAGGUGGGGAGGGGAGCUUGUUGCAGCAGGAAGGGGAGACACCCUGGCUUCUUCACCAGCCUGACUCAUCUCUACCUCUUGGCCUCCCUCCUCUCUUGCUUCUGCCUCUGAUUCUGGACUUCUCUCUUUUCACAGCAAGGGCGUCCCAAAUACCACCCCGUCCCCUGCAUCACCUCUGAGCAUGGCCCCCUGAGAUUUGAACCCAUUUUCUAUGGGCGCUUUGAGGAAGGGUGACGGGUGGCCUUUCUUUCCUCCAGGCUCUUGUGUCUUUUGUCUCCCACCGCAGAUUCGGCACCGGAAGUUUUACCAAAUGAUCCUCGUGCUGGGGAUUGGUGGCAACCUCCAGAUUGGCUAUCAGAUUUCUGUGAUCAACUAUCCCUCCAUGGUAAGCAGCCCCUUAAGCAGCUGCACCCGGUGGAGGGGGUGAGCAGGAGCAACGACUGACCAGACAGCCUGCCUCCUCUCCACCAAGCGAUGCUCACCCUGGUUACAUUCCAUAGCUGCCUCCUGCUCCAUCCAUGGUCCAGGAGGAGGCAGAAGGUGAUGAAGGAACACUUUCUUUCCAUAGGUUUAGCUGGUCAAACAGAAUUGAUUUGCUGGUGCCUCAGGGAGGAAGGGAACUGAAUUGGAUUUAAGAUUAACACCCACCCCCCUGGCUUAUUCAGAAGGCUUUUAACCAGGGUAGCAGAUAAGCUGCAUCUUCAAAGCACAUUUCCUGCCCAAAGUAUCCCAGUCAUACCUCGGGUUGAAGUAGCUUUCGGGUUGCGCUCCACGGCGACCCGGAAGUAACAGAGUGCGUUACUUCCGGGUUUCACCGUUUGCGCAUGCGCAGAUGCUCAAAAGGACGUCACGCACAUGCGCGGAAGCGGCGAAUCGCGACCCGUGCAUGCGCAGACGCGGGUUGCGUUUGCAUCUAGAGGUACCAGUGUAAUUCAUUAAGGGUGUUGGGAAUUGUAGCUAUGUGAGGAGUAAACUAUAGUUCCCGUUAUUCUUGGGCGGGGGGAGGUGCUUUGAAGGAAGUACUCCCCCCCACACACACACCCCAAGGGGGUACUCAAGAGUACGCAGCAGGGGCACCUCUCUUUUUUGUUGAAAUGUGUGGCACUUUACUGUAACAAUUUCAUGGUGAUUACGGGCACCUCUUUUUCUAGAAAAAAAGCACUGUUUGGAGGUACAGUGUAUAUACCAGUUCUAGCUGGCCUGAGCAGGAGCUGAGGUUUGCAGUAACUCUGAAUGAGCUGAUGGUCGUUUGCUUUAAUUGGAGAGCACAAUUGGAGAGAAGUGUGUCUUCUUUGCCUGCUAGAAAGUCCCCGAAAAAGAGUCCUUCCAUUUCAGCAAUGUUCUAAAAUACUCUCUUGACAUUUUGAAAAUUUGCAAUCCGUUUCUCUCAACAGUAGAACUUGAGACAGGAAUACAGCGGUACCUUGGUUCUCGAACGGCUUGGCUCCCAUACAAAUCAGCUCCCGACCGCUGCAAACCCGGAAGUAAGUUUCCGGUUUGUAAACAUUUUUUGGAAGCCAAGCAUCCGACGCGGCUUCCGCUUGACUGUAGGAAGCUCCUGCAGCUAAUCGGAAGCCGCGCCUUGGUUUUUGAACAAUUUUGGGAGUCAAAGGGACUCCCGGAACAGAUUAAGUUUGACCCCCAAGGUACCACUGUACUCAUUUAGGAAUAAUAAACAACUUGACCAAUGCUCUUUUCCCAAACCAUGAGAUUAUAAUGUAUGCAUUUUCCAAGGCUGAAAUUUCUGUUUCAUCUCAUUUGCUGCUGGUUUGCAAUUGGAAUUUAUGACACUUUUGAUAUCUGAGCAGAGAAAUAAUCCCAAAAUAUCUUUUUGGGAUGGGUAGGGAAGCAAACACUUUUAAAGGGUUAAGAAGUAAUUCUGCAUGGUGAUGAUGAUGAUGAUGAUGAUGAAGCAUUAGCUGAUGCCUCAACUCCCCUUCCUUCCUUCCUUGUCUCCCUCCCUCCCUAGUAUAUCAAGAAAUUCAUGAAUGAGACCUGGCUUGAGCGCUCUGGCUCCCCGCUGCCUGAAGGUGCCCUCUUGUUCCUGUGGUCAUUCAUUGUGUCUAUCUAUGGGGCAGGAGGAUUGCUGGGCUGCCUCUGCAGUGCCUACCUGACUGUAAAAUAUGGCAAGUAUGUAAUAGUCCAAACGGGUUGCUGGAAAAGAACUCUCUGAACUUUGGUACACAUCCAUCCUGCCCUCUGGCUCUGUGUUAAAACCUAGCUGCUGAGAUAUUCCCUGUUUGAGUUUUCUUACAGCUGAAUUUAGGGAAGGGUGUGUGAGAUCCUGGUGCAUGAGAAAUCCUGCUUCUCUUGGGACAGCUGUUAUUUCUGGUGCCUCCUCUAGCGCUCUGCAGUCCAAGGCAGCCAGAGCCAGAAUCAGUGCUGUCCCCACCCGGGAGUCAAAUGCUGCAAAACAACGGCAAGGGAGGUGCUGGAAAAGGACAGAGUUAUUCCUUCUGUCUCGGCAACCCGCAAAGCUAUGGUUACCAGAUUUUUUUCAAUGAAUCCGGGGACAUUUUUAUUUUUUUUUAAGCUGAGUAGCAACAGGGCAUCAGUAGUGGGGAUGGUGAGGCAAAAGAUCCUGGCCCCAAGCACACAUGCAUAUUGUAUAAAGGUGCAAUGCCCUUCUUUCGCACCCUGUGAAACAUAAAUGCGCAGAGUUUUAAAAAACUGGGCAAUGGCCACCCGCUCACAACUCCCAAGCCUCUCCCAAUCAGUCAAAACAAAGGGGGAAGGGGGCAGGAGAUCUGUGCCACCGGAUGUCCCCAGUUCCUCAUCGGAAAUGGCAGCAGCAGUAGCAGGCAGCAGCCCGGAGCCAGCCUGGUAGCGCAGUUGGCUCUGGCUGGCUUCAGGAGCUGCCCGCUGCCGUGGCACCCGCCAUUUUUCCUUGCCGGAACUUCCGGCGAGGAAAAAUGGCGGGUGCCACGGCAGCGGGCAGCUCCUGAAGCCAGCCAGAGCUGACGCUGCCAUGUUUCCCAGGGACAGAUUUGCAAAUCUGGGGACAUUCCGGGGACGGAAUUUGUCCGGGGACAGAUUUGCAAAUCCGGGAACUGUCCCCGGGAACCGGGGACAUCUGGCAACCCUACCCUAAGCUUGCUUGCUGUCCUUGGCUGCAGUGGAAGAUGCUGCCUUCCCAUGGCCAAUGCACACAGAAGCUUCUGCCUUUGGAAAUGAUGGCGGGGCACCUUGGCCUUGGCCUCAGGCAGCAAAAUGCCCUGGGCUGGCCCUGGCAGGAAGGCUGCUCUCCACUGGCUUAGGAAGCUCUGAACAAAUUGGGGCUUGUCAGAGGUUCUGUAGCAGGCCAGAUGUGAGUGAUGUCCCUCCCGCUCUCCACGUCCCCUCUGCCACCCCAUUUCUGUGCCCUCGGAUGCAGGAAGAGGACCAUGCUGGGGACUGACCUGCUCAUCCUCGCGACGGCUCUGCUCGUGGCCUUCAGCAAGAGAGCCAAGUCCUUCGAGAUGAUCCUGAUUGGACGGUUCCUCUUUGGCGUGAGCGCCGGUAAGGUCUUGGGGCAUCAUCGCGGUAGCCUUGUGAGGACUCCAGAGCCCAGGCAUUGCAGUCAGCUGGCAAGGGGCAGCUCCCCACUGAAACCUCCCAACUCCCCUCUCCAUUUGAAGGGAGCAAGGGGCUUGCACCACAUUUGGCAAUGUGCAAGGGCCGUUGGACAACCAUGAUGGGUGGGUGGAUUUGGUAAGGGAUUGGGUUCAUACGUCCGUGGUCUCUUUGGUUCAGCUCAUGGCCACGUCAGCCCCUUUUCUUGGGGUGUUUCUCUCCAUUUUGACUCUGUCUCUCUUUUGCCCUUCUCUCCUCCCAUGCCCCAGGCUUUUGCUUGACCAUCCACCCGCAAUAUGCCGGAGAAGUUUCGCCCAAGAAGCUCCGAGGCUUCGCAAACGCCACGUCCGCCUUCUUUUGGUCCUUGGGGAAAUCCUGGGGCCAAAUCCUGGGGCUCAGGUACUUGCACCUCCCGGGGUGGAUAGAAGGCUCCCUUUCUCUGGCUGGGCCACGGUACCAGCUCUCUGACCACCGCCUCCUGAGCAUGGACCGAGCUGAGCGGACCUGUGCUCUGAUUCCACGUGAAGCUUCGCCUGAUCCUCCUUCUCCUCCUCUGCAGGGAGUGCCUGGGCACAGAGUCCUCCUGGCCUUCGCUCCUGGCCUUCAUUGGGGCCACAGCCUUCCUCCAGCUGCUAACUCUGCCCUUCUUCCCCGAAUCUCCUCCGUACCUCUUGAUCCAGAAGGGAAACGAAGGCGCCUGCGUGAAGGGUGAGGCCUCCAAGGACUGCCCUGGGGAGAAAGGGGGAUAGACAACAGGAAUGGGGGGGACAGACUAGGCAGCAUCUUGGCCAACGCCUCGUCUCUCACAUACACAUUUUCCAGGGGAAAAAGUGGGGUUCUUGAGGUGGAAGGGGCAGUUUAAAACCUCCUUGGGCCUGCCAGUUCUUCACGACAACCCUCACCCCAUAUGUAAAGUAUUAUUGUUAGAAGUGGCAUUGGAAUUGCUUCAUUUUACCUUGGACCGCCCUAGCCUACAGGAUCUAGACAUCCACAUAGGUCCCGAUGCCAGGACCCUCCUGGCAGCAUCUACACAAUCCCCCUCCACUUGCCAAGCUCUGCUGCAAUUGCCACCUCCUUUGGCUCCGAGGGCUGUGGCUUUCAUGCUCUUUAUUCAGCUCAUAGUGGUGAGGAGGAAUGGAAGUUGCCCCAGAAUGUCUGCUUUAUAUACAUUAUUUACACAAUGGGCCCCACGUGACUGGCUAAUUCCGGGAUUCUCCUGUAGGCCAAUCAGGUUGCAGAUUCACUUCCACCUGGAGUUGGAUUGGGUGGCUCCUGUGGACCAAUCAGACUGCUGCAUUCUGAAUCCUAUUGUUCUAGGACCAAUCAGACUGCCGCAUUCUGAAUCCUAUUGUUCUAGGACCAAUCAAACUGCUGCAUUUUGGAUCCUAUUCAACUCAGUACAUAACAACUCCCUCGUGGAUUUGUCAGUAAGUCUGGCUCCUUCCUCUUCUCUCCCCCCCCCCCAGCCAUGCACCAGCUCUGGGGCCAAGAAGAUCACCAGCAGGAACUCAGUGACCUGAAGCAGGAAGCGGAAAACAGCACCAAAGUCCUGAGUGCGAGAGACUUGCUCAGAGACCAGUCCCUUCGCCGGCAGCUGCACAUCCUCGUGGCGGUCGUCGUCACCCUCCAGCUCUGCGGCAUCAACGCAGUUGAGUUCUAAAGUCUCCUCUUGGCUGCAACAAUGCACAGCCCUGCCUUUGGGUUUGGAGGGACUCAGCUACAUUGGCAAAGAAAAAGCGCUUUACGCGCGUUGUUUGUGCAUUCUAACACGGUGACACCAGGUGGCGCUGUGGAGUUCCGUUUGUGCUAACCCGAUUUUUCAUGCAAAGUUUGCAAUGGCGUUUAACUGAAACGCUUCUUUGAUGUGUCUAGAUCCACAGACAGAAAACAAGCACAGCUAAGGAAGAAAAGGUGUAGACUGGAUCACCCAACUGACAGGGCUGGGAGGAAGAAGAGGAUAAUGGGUGAUAGAAGCAAUGGGUUUACACUGCAGAUUGGCAGACUGAGGUUUAGCAUCAGAAACGCUUCUGAAUGCUAAUGAUCUCCAGGAAUGGGAAGGAGCCUUGAUGGGUUGGGGAGGCUGCCAAGUAUAGCUGAAGGCAGCAGCCGGAGGACAGGGCCUCUCUUUUCAAGACCGUCUCUCUUACCAGUGUUUUGACACGUGAGGCUUAGCAAUCUUCUCUGCUAAUAUUUUACUUGGGUGCCUGAUCAGUGGCAAUACAGGAGACAGGCUCGCAAACAGGAAUUCUAGCCUGGGUAGGAUUCGCAUUUCCAUGGGGUGCCAGCUGGAGGCAGGUGUGAAGGUUCAGGUGUGAAAGUGCUCCGAGCUGGCUGCCCUGAAGACUCACCUGGGUGGGGGGGGCACCUGCAACCUUAGCCCAAGGCAGCCAAAGCGCAGGAAAUCUGUAUCUGAACACAUGAAACUCUCCCUUGAUGACAGGCUUCUUUGCGCAUUUGCUUUGGUUGCCUUAAUCUUAAUGCCAGCUGUUGUGAGACCAAGUUGGCAAGUGUGCAAUGCCCCCCCAGGGUUGCCCUGGAGCUGGGAGCAGCCAACAAGAGCCCCUUUUGACAUCUUUUUCCUUUCUCCUCCUGUGAUGAGGCUGCAUUUUAAUAUCUUAAUGUUUCAAUAUUUUAAUGUUGUAUUUUAAUCUUGUUUUUAAGUUGGAUUCAAUCAACUUGUUUUUAUUAUUGCUUGUUAGCCGCCCUGAGCCCGGCCUUGGCUGGGGAGGACGGGGUAUAAAUAAAAAUUAUUAUUAUUAUUAUCUCCUUCCUUUCUCCACAGGUCUAUUUCUACACUUUCGAAGUCUUCCGCACAGCCGGUUUUGCAGAGGACCUCCUCCCUUACGUCUCGCUGGGCGUGGGCUUCUGUGAGCUCCUCUCCUCCUUCCUCUGUGUAAGACCCUUUCCCUUUUUUCCUGCCAUUUUCCACCAAGGCGCAAGAGUGUGAAGCUCCUUUCCUCCUUCCCCAUUGGUGUACCGCCUGGUACCGUCUCUUCACGCCAGCCAUAGGUUGCUGCAGAUGCACCUCUUUGCUCCAGCCUUUUGGAAAUGGAAGAACCAUUUUCUUGUCUCCUCCCUGGCGUGUGUUUAGAGGGGUCAUCAUUUCAACUGAACUAUGUUUUCAUAGGCUGCAACUCGCCCUGAGGCCUCAUGGUCAAGACAGAGUAAGAAUUGCAAUAAAUGGUGAUGGCGAUGAUAAUCACUCUUCCCCCUUCUUCAGAUUCUGACAAUUGAGAGAUUUGGACGGCGGACGCUCCUGUGGCAGGGCUGUGGCAUGAUGGCGCUUGUCCUUUUUCUCCUCACAGUUACUCUCUCAGUACAGGUAAGAGCCAAGGACAUAUACUGCCUUGGGCGCCGGAUUAAGUCAACCGGCGGGCCUGAUUAGGCAUGUCCAAAAUGGAUUUUGGGCAUGCCUGGUUUAACAGAUACCUGCCAGACUGUAUUCAAAAAGAGAGGUUACUAGCCCCUAAAGUCCAAAGACAAUUGGAAAGCUUUUCCCAUUUCCUUCCUCCUUGCAGAGGAAUACAGUGGUACCUCGGGUUAAGAACUUACCGUAUUUUUCGCUCUAUAACACGCACCCGACCAUGACACGCACGUAGUUUUUAGAGGAGGAAAAUCCAUAGGCAUGCCACCCGUAGGCAUUCCCUCCAUAACACGCACAGACAUUUCCCCUUACUUUCUAGGAGGAAAAAAGUGAGUGUUAUGGUGCAAAAAAAACGGUAAUUCGUUCUGGAGGUCCGCUCUUAACCUGAAAGUGUUCUUAACCUGAGGAACCACUUUAGCUAAUGGGGCUUCCCGCCGCCACAUGAUUUCUGUUCUCAUCCUGAAGCAAAGUUCUUAACCUGAGGUACUAUUUCUGGGUUAGCAGAGUCUGUAACCUGAAGCGUAUGUAACCCACUGUAGUUGAGGUCAAUUUGGGAGAGUCAGAAAAUGGCUUCAGGAUUGUUCUCCUGUACUAUUUUAGACGCGUGGUUUAUACAGUUCUGUAUGUGUUUGCCUUCUACAUUUAUGAACGUUUAUUCAAUAUCUGAGACUUUAGAAUUCUUAUAACACAAGAGAGAGACAUGAAGCAGGGAGCUGUGAGACCCCACGUACACCAGGGCCGGCCUGCCCUUGAGGCAAUGUGAGGCAGUUGCUCACAGUCUCCUUUGCUUCUUGCCCUGCUCCUCUCUAGACUCCCCAACACACCCUUCUGAAGUUAAGGCACAAGACAGGUGUUGAUCAUCAUGUGAGCUGCGCACAGGUGGGCUGCAUGCAAGCUGCUGACCAGUCCUGUGGAGCCUCCUUUUUUUGAGACAAAUAUGCAAGCUAGGCAGAUACAUUUUGGGCUGUGACCUUUACACACCUUCGGUCCCGAGAUCGUGGGGUGGUACAAAGUUAUUUUGGCACCUGUUUCCACAGCGUCAUUUUCCCCUUGCACAGUGUAUGACGAAGGAGACAAAAGGUCUCAGGGACAAAGGUUACAGACAGGACACCGCCGACUACUGAGACCGCAAAAGGUUAGACAGAGGGAACGAUGUUCCAACAGCCGUGGCUUGUCUGAGGGGGGUGUGUACCCCACACCCCAGGGUCACGCGUGCAGGCAGAUUGUGGCUGCCUGCUGGUGGGGAGUGUGCUCCCUCCGGACCCCACUGCCCACUCCGCGAUAUCCCUACACCCUUCAGUGCUCCGUGGCUUCUCUAAAUCACCUCUAGUCGCCUCCGUCAGCAGCAACAUCAAAAAGUAGGAGGGGUGCCAUUUUCUGUUUUGCGUCCAGCAGCAAAACAACCCUGUCCCCUCUCCCCAAGUUUUCAGCAGACUCCUUCUGUUUCAACCUCUAAACGCCUGCUGAUAGGCGGGAAAUUGGGAAUACGCAAUAGUUAGCUGGUUUCUGGUUUUAACAUGGUGCCUAUUGCAUGGCUUUGUGUCUAGUUGUUGCAAACUGCUUUGACGGUUUCUUUACGAAAUAGCGGUGUAUGGUUUUUUAAAUACCCAGUGUGAAUUCAUUGGCACCUGUCCUUUUUCCUCUCCUCCCUCCCCUAGAACAAAUCCCACUGGGCGUCGUACUGCAGCGUCACUCUGGUUUUCCUCUUUGUUCUCUUCUUUGGAAUCGGACCAAGUGAGUAGAUGAUGUUGGAACAUGCCUGGGGGACGCAUGCAGCCCCCAGGAUGAGACAAACCUCUCCGGGCAUCUUCCUGAUGAAAUGCAACCCGGGACAUCCAUAAAUCUUCAGUCCCGGCACACAAUAGCACUACAUAUCAGAAGACUAUGUGCACGCUCACUCUGCAGAGUAUAGCAGAAACGAAGUGGAGCUUGGUGUGUGCAUUCUAAGUAUUUAUUAAGCAAUAUAUACAGCACAAGGGACAUGGGUGGCGCUGUGGGUUAAACCACAGAACCUAGGACUUGCCGAUCAGAAGGUCGGCGGUUUGAAUCCCCGCGACGGGGUGAGCUCCCGUUGCUCAGUCCCUGCUCCUGCCAACCUAGCACUUCGAAAGCACGUCAAAGUGCAAGUAGAUAAAUAGGCAUCGCUCCGGCUGGAAGGUAAACGGCGUUUCCAUGCGCUGCUCUGGUUCUCCAGAAGCGGCUUAGUCAUGCUGGCCACAUGACCCGGAAGCUGUACGCCGGCUCCCUCGGCCAAUAAAGCGAGAUGAGUGCCGCAACCCCAGAGUCGAUCACGACUGGACCUAAUGGUCAGGGGUCCCUUUACCUUUACCUAUAUACAGCACAAAGCAAUCAUGGCGUCUUCUCAGUUGUUCUCCAAGAGAGAGAGAGACAAAGAAACAGUACAAAAGUACAGUACAACGGAAGAGAGAUAAGACUGACUUCCAUUCUCACACUUUCCAAGCCUAGAAAGUAAACACUGACAGGUGAUGUAACAAUCACACAUCCAGCAACGGAGGAGUGAAAUGCUAACAGAGAAGGCCUUUACCCUGGUGGGGCUGGGGGCAACUGCUCCUGGUUGGGGAGGGUGGGGGGUCUCACCUCCAGGUGUGAGUUGCAAGGUCCUGCUAGGCAACAGCACUGAGAAAGGGCAAUAAUUGCACUAAGGCCAAAGCCAGGAACAUGCCAAAACCUCAAGCAUUUCUCAGUCAUUAGAACAUGAGUCUCUGAAUUUCAGAGUUGUGGGUUCAAGCCCCAUGUUGGGCAAUAUAUUCCUGCUGGACUAGAUGCCUCUACAAUUAUAUGAUUCCCUGUGUCUUUCCCUCCCUCCUGCCUCAGAUGGAGCCUCCAUGUCUGUCAUGAUGGAAAUCUUCAGCCAGUCUUCCAGACCAGCAGCUUUCCUGAUUGGCGGCUGCCUGAAUUGGGCCGGCCUCUUUGUCAUUGGAAUCACCUUCCCAUUUGCUGUGGUCAGUGUCUGUCAGGUUCAUACACACACACACACACACACACACACACACACACACACACCUCCUUCCAGCCUGCCUUCCUGCUGCCACGGCUUCUGCCUUCUCUCUGUGGCCCCAAUAAUGCUGGGGCAACACAGGCGAGUGAGCAGGGUAUAAAUAAUAAAAUUAUUGUUGUUAUUCUUAUAAGGCCCCAUGCUCAAGAGAGCAGCCUGGUGCUGCCCCAAGGGCAAGGAGAUAUGUGCAUGACUCCUGUGGCAUCUGUAGUGUCUCUCUGGAUAACCAUUUCCUCAGAAUAGUUUCAGGAGUUCCCCUCCCUCAGCUAAAUACCUUGGCAAUGGAACCCAGUGUGGUGCUGUGCAGGGGGAGCCAAUGUGCUUCAGGUAUGGUUGCUGGACUCCAAACCACACCAGUCCUGGCAGGCAGCAGGGCCAAUGGCCAGGGAUGAAGUGACUUGCAGACCACAUCAUCUCGCUACCCCUGGGAUAUGGAUAGGCGGCUGGUUGUGGAGCCUCGGCCCAGUAUACCUGAAGGAGCAUCUCCACCCCCAUCGCUCAGCCCGGACACUGAACUCUAGCUCCGAGGGCCUUCUGGCGGUUCCCUCACUGCAAGAAGUUAGGUUACAGGGAACCAGGCAGAGGGCCUUCUCGGUAGUGGCGCCCUCCCUGUGGAACGCCCUCCCAUCAGAUGUCAAGGAAAUAAACAACAAUCUGACUUUUAGAAGACAUCUGAAGGCAGCCCUGUUUAGGGAAGUUUUUAAAGUUUGGUGUUUUAUUGUGUUUUUAAUAUUCUGUUGGGAGCCGCCCAGAGUGGCUGAGGAAACACAGCCAGAUGGGCAGGGUAUACAUAAAUUAUGAUUAUGAUUAUUACCAUAGGCCACACUGGCUGACCAUGGCUGACCAGUUGCACAUUAUCCAUCACCUGGAGCUCCUGAGGUGCAGGAUGACAUGGAAAGCACCUCUAAGUAUCUAAAAAUGGGUCAAAGGGCUGAACUUGACCUGCCCCUAUUUGCAUAAUGACCAAGUAACUUUCACACCAGGUUCAGUGCUCUGAGUGGGCUGCCGCAGCGAGCCUAAGGCUGUCAGCUAGGAGCCCCCAGGAGAAACUCCUGUACCAACAGGGCCGGUCAGGCCAGAGAUGGGCCUCUCCCAGGUACCUUCUCCUGAGGAGCCCCACCAGUCCAGCAGCAUAGGGAGCACCCCAAGGAGGAAGGCCCAUCUUCAGGCCCUUUAAGCAUUUAGAAUUCCCCACAAAGGGGUUAUCUGAAAUGUUGGUGGUAUAGUGGUUAACAUAGCUGCCUUCCAAGCAGUUGACCCGGGUUCGAUUGAUGGCCAAUGCAGUAUUUUCCCUCAGCCUCUUAGGGACGUGGGUGGUGCUGUGGGUUAAACCACAGAGCCUAGACUUGCCGAUCAGAAGGUCGGCGGUUCAAAUCCCCGCGACGGGGUGAGCUCCCGUUGCUCGGUCCCUGCUCCUGCCAACCUAGCAGUUCAAAAGCACGUCAAAGUGCAAGUAGAUAAAGAGGUACCGCUCUGGCGGGAAGGUAAAUGGCGUUUCCGUGCGCUGCUCUGGUUCUCCAGAAGCGGCUUAGUCAUGCUGGCCACAUGACCCGGAAGCUGUAUGCCGGCUUCCUCGGCCAGUAAAGCGAGAUGAGCGCCGCAACAUCAGAGUUGGCCAUGACUGGACCUAAUGGUCAGGGGGUCCUUUUACCUUUACCUUUACAAAAGGGUUAUGUCUGUUCUCGGGCUUUGUUGGAGCCACUUGCUCCCAUGGAGCUCUCCGUGGUCCUGCAACACCUGACCUGCCUUGCUGCUGCCAUCAGGCCUGAACACCAGGGCAGCCUCCCUGAGAGGUAACUAGACACAAUGUUAAACACAGCGUUGUGGUUCAUGUUGUUGUUGUUUUAAUUAGUAAUAAUAAUAAUUUAUUAUUUAUACCCCGCCCAUCUGGCUGGGUUUCCAACCACUCUGGGCGGCUUCCAACACAAGAUUAAAAUACAGUAAUUCAUCAGAUAUUAAAAACUUCCCAAAACAGGGCUGCCUUCAGAUGUCUCCUAAUUAGGAGUUGUGAGGGUGGAGAAUCCAGACCAGGAGCAGGAUGUGGGAAGAGGGAGUUUCAACCUUUCCCUCCUGAAAUCAAUUCAACCCCCUCUGGGGGGGUGGGGGGGAAGCAAAUGGGGACAUUGGGAGGUGAUUUUCGGUGGGGAAAUUCUUCAGGAGGAAAGGGUUGCACCUGUGCACUGUGGCCACCAUUGAGAAGAGAAGAAAACUAUGUGACAAAAUCACACUGUCUAGUCUGGCCCUCAUCUCUCUCCUGAUUCUCCUCCCCUGUGUCUGAAUCCCAGCUUCAAGCGUUUGCAGACUCCUCUCCCUUCUGGCCAACGCAGUAGCCUCGGCUGUGACAACAUAUGGCCCGGGCCAAAACUGGACAAACAUUGCAAGGGCACAAAGAGGGCUUGUUCAAGGGGUUGAUCAUUGCACUCUCUCCCCCCAAUCCCCAUCUUAUUUCCAGGAUGCUCUGGGCCCUUUCUGUUUCCUCCUCUUCAUGGCUGUCCUUGUGGGGUCAGGAAUCUUCUUCUACCUGUUCCUCCCAGAGACGAAAGGGAAGUCCAUUGUGGAAAUCACAGAGGAAUUCAGCAACCCAUCACCUUUUCAGAAGAGACUAACUUCUGCCCUUCGGACAGGCUUCCGGGAUGACCUCUCUGCCUACACCAGCUUCUGA